GUGUAAUCUCACUGUGUCUCUCUGAGCGACGCACGAGUAUCACACGAUUGGACAAAAUUAUAAAUCAAUUAAUAUCAAUUAAAUCAUUAAUAUAAAAAAUAAAAUGAAGUUGCCACCUAUUUUAAAUAUACAGACUACAUAGAAGCGGAUAUUAUAAAAAAAAUAACGUAAUUAAACUGUGUUCUAUUUAUAAAUUAGGUAAGUGUGUAGUUAUAGCGCCUGUACUGGCUGGCUGGAAGUGGAUGAAAUAAAUUGAAAAUAAAAAAAAAACAAAUGUGGGAACUUUUGACGCGCCAUAGACAUAUCGCGGUGAUGUUGGGGAUUUUAGUGGUGGCAGCAAUAGUUGCUCUUGUCGUCGCAAGUACGGCUGCGAGGAGGGACCAAGCUAAGUACAGGUCUCUGGAAGAACCUGACGAUGUUAGCACAGAUCCACAUAUAUUUUCUGCACAUAGGUUACCAACAGAAGACCGAUUCAUGCCAUCAAUCGGAAAUGGUCACAUUGCAACAAACAUAUUUAGCGACACCAUUUACAUGAACGGAGUUUAUAAUGGGAAGAAAGGAAAAAGCCAUAGAGCAAGAAUCCCUGCUUGGGCCAACAUAAGACUCAAUUCCACGUUAACACAUUCCCCGUACAGCACGUUAUAUUCUAUAGACACCAAGGAAGGGGCAUUCAAAGUUCAAGUGGAGAGAGAAAGGUCAGUCGUCACUCAGAGGAUAUAUGCCCACAGAUUUUAUACAAGAGCUAUCAUAAAUCAGAUUCUGGUUGUCGCAAAACCGCAUACAGACCCAAACUUCAUGCAUCACGAAAUCUGGUUAGCGAUUACACUUAUGUCGGGCCCUGUCAGUGAAGACAUUGCAUUUGAGACGCCUGUUCCGGAGAUUCUCGAGAGGAGGACCGUCUGGCACACCUGCGGGAAGACAAGGGAGCCCGAAGACACUUACUAUCAGAAGUAUCCAAUAGAGGUGUGUGCUUAUUGGACUACGGUGCCAGACCACUUGGUUGUGCCUCAGCACGGCACAAAGGUGCUCACGUUUGCUAUGACUGUGGAUCACAAUAAAACUAUAGCUAGAGACGAAAUGACGAAAGUUUUGCAGGAAGAUGGCGAAAAACUGUACGAUAAACACGUGGAGCAUUGGAGGAAGUUGUACCAGCAUGCUGGCAUGACGAUAGACGGUAACUUGAAACUGGCCAAAAUCGUGAACGGCAUCUGGUACUACUACUUAAGUUCAUUGCCAUCUGAGGAAUCGUACCACCCUCCAGAGAAGUUCUUCGGAUUGAGUCCGACGGGUCUGGCUAGGGGUGGGUCCAAUUUAGACGAUUAUGAAGGCCAUAACUUCUGGGACACAGAGAUCUGGAUGUUUCCAACAAUCCUGCUUCUAUAUCCGAAGUAUGCGCACGAACUGCUGCAGUACCGUGUGGACAGGGCACACGUGGCUGCUGAACUCGCCAUGAAGGCCGGCGAUAAGGGAUACAGAUUUCCCUGGGAAAGCGCUUUCACUGGAGUUGAAGUGUCACAGCCGUGUUGUCCAGAGGUGGCGGAGUUCGAACAACACAUCACCGGCUGUAUCUCCUUCGCGGCCAGACAGUACUUGGCUACCACCAGGGACGAACAGUGGUUGGAGCACGGAGGCUGUCCUCUUGUAUCCUACAUCGCUGAUUUCUGGGCAUCCAAGGCACUCAUCAAUUACACAACAGGACUCUACGACAUUUCAAAUGUAAUGGGCCCCGAUGAAGACCACAGCAACGUGACCAACUCCGCUUUUACAAAUGUCGUUGCCGGCUACUCGCUGUAUUUAGCUCAAUACGUAGCUUGUCUAUGCAAGUCGUACUACAACACGGAGAACCCCGACCACUGGGCAGACAUCGCGUUCAAUCUCGCCUUACCUUACGACAGCACCCUAGACUACCACCCUCAGUUUGAUGGGUACCGGAGGGGAGAGACGAUCAAACAAGCCGAUGUAGUGCUCUUAGGGUUUCCAUUAAUGUAUCCUAUGAAUACGUCAACAAGAUCCAACGACUUAUCAUACUACAAAUCGGUGACGCGGUCGAGCGGGCCAGCUAUGACCUGGAGCAUGCACGCGAUUGGUCAUCUGCAGCUGAUGGAGUAUAAGAAGGCAGCUAAAAUGUUCAACAAGAGUUACGAAGGAUAUGUGCGAGAGCCUUUUAAGAUAUGGAGCGAAAAUCGUCGUCCCAACGUUGGCGCAGUAAAUUUCUUAACGGGCAUGGGCGGGUUCCUGCAAGCCCUGGUGUUUGGUUACGCGGGCAUAAGUAUACAUCUCGACAGACUUCAGAUCUACACGCCUCAAUUACCUCCUCAAACGAACAGGUUCCAGAUUAAAGGCAUCAAGUAUUUGGGUGCUAACUUAACCUUGACUAUCGAGGAGUCUGGAUCAACGUUGUCGGUGACUUCACUAGAAGACGAAUGGAGCUUGCGAAUGUACGAUGGCCGGUACAACACUACACUAGUGCCGGGAAUGUCUGUGACACUAUCAGGCGGGGGUCCGUUCACAAUAAGUGCCGAGCAUUGGAAGAACUGCAUGCCACCAGCUGACACUAUAGGCCACACUUACCUUAGGCCGAACGAAGAAUACAACAAAUAAUUAUUUUUUCUCUAUGUAAAUAUAAUUAGGUAGAUACCUGAAUUUUGAAAAUUGCUUAAUUAAACAUUAA